AUGGCAAAUUACACUGGUACUCCGCGUUAUGCACGACCUUUAAUAAAUGAACGUCCACCAGGACCAAGAUUUAAUACACCACCAAAUCGAAAUAUUCCACAUCACAAUUUAAAUGAUCAAAGACCACAAAUAAAUAUAACACAACAACAAUCACAUUCGAUUAAUCCAACUAAACCAAUUAAUGAUACAACAAUAUCAACACCUCCAACUUCAAAUUCACCUGCUAUACGAAAUCAAACAGUAACUAAUGCAACAAGCAAUUCAAUUGAUUUAACUACUGAUUCAUCAAAUAAAUCAAGCAAAAUAUCAUCGACAGAAAAUAAAUCUGCUGAAGAAACUUCAUAUAAUUCUUUAGAAACAUCGAAUACUACUGUAGAUAAUAAAUUAAUAGCAAAAAUAGAUACGAAAAUUUCUGAUAAAGAACAACAAUCAAUAGGACAAAAACGACCACGAACUGAAACAAAUUCUCAACAACAAAAUGUAUUUGAUUCCACAACAUCAUUAUCACAACAACAAAUAAAUGAAAGAAAAACAACACAAGGUGGUCGUUGUCGUUUAUUUAUUGGUAAUGUACCAUCUGAUUUAACACAAGAUGAAUUUCAAUUAUUAUUUGGUAAAUAUGGUGAACUUGUUGAAUAUUUUGUUAAUCCAUCACGUGGUUUUGGUUUUAUUAAACUUAGUUCACGUCAAUUAGCUGAACAAGCUAAAUAUGAUCUUGAUGGUUAUGUUUUACGUGGUAAACCACUUCGUAUACGUUUUGCUAGUCAAGGUGCAACAAUAAAAGUUAAAAAUUUAUCAUUAAAUGUAUCAAAUGAAUUACUUAAAGAAGCAUUUGAACAAUAUUUUGGUGGUAUUGAACGUGCUGUUGUUAUUGUUGAUGAUCGAGGAAAAUCAACUGGUGAAGGAAUAAUUGAAUUUGAAAAAAAACCAUCAGCACAAAAAUGUCUUAAUGAAUGUACAGAACGAUGUUUCUUUAUUACUAAACCUGUCAUUGUUGAACCUUGGGAUAUUAAAGAUGAAGAAGAUGGUUUACCAGAAAAAUCUUUAACUCGUAAUUCGGCAUAUAUAAAAGAACGAGAAGCAAAACCACGUUUUGCUGAAUUAAACACAGUUGAACAUACAAUUGGUCUUAAAUGGAAAGAAUUAGAAUUACAAGAAAAACAAUUAUUGGAAGAAGUUAAAAGACGUAUGCAAUAUGCUUCGGAACAAGUAAAAAUUGAAAUCGAUCAAAUGUACUUAGAACAUCAAUCACAAGUAUUACGAGAAGAAUUGUUACGUCGUCAAGAAGAACUUCGUCGAAUAGACGAACUUCGAUCACAGGAAAUAGACCGUCGUCGUAAUAUAAUACCAAUGCAUCAUACUGAUGCCUAUCAUAAUCCGUUUAAUAUAUCUACUGCUUCUAUAAGUAAUGUAUUUCAUCAAAAUCAAGCAGCAGCUAGUGCAUUACAAUAUAAUGAUUUUCAACAAAUUCCAUAUUCAAAUUCAAGUCCUCUUAUACAACAAGCAUCACCUAUAGCAGCAAAUAUUGACGCUGCUUAUACAACAAAUCAAGUAGCACGUGGUUAUGGAUUAGCAAAUGCACGUUCAACUGGUGAUGAUUAUAUUCAACAACAACAAGGAUUUGAUAGAAAACGACCGAGAUAUUAA